AUGCCCCCAAUCCAGAGACUAAACCUCUUACCCCUCGACCCCGUCACCCACAGCCAUCGUGCUGCCCAGAUGACCAUAGAACGAGAUGCUAUGAUCGACAAGUGCUUCAACUGGCGCAGGAGCUACCGCCGGGAGCAGCAUUGGAACACCCCUGGCCGCAACAAGAGGCUCGAGAACCUUGACAGGGAGCUUGAUCCGCUGUUGAUGGAAGCAGACAUUCUGGCGGCUACUAUCUCGCAACAUUGCGGUUAUCCGUUUGCUGUGGAGAUGGCGGACCAGGUCAGGCAAUACUUGGCCAAAGACUCAGACGACGCUCGGUAUUACCUGACGUUGUGGAGAAAGCCGCAGGGAUCCCAGCCGCAACAAUUACGCCAGCUUAUGGAAAUUCGUGUAUUGAUGUCAAUGGCCAUGGUUGUGCGUAAUCUAUGUGCAAAGAACCAGCUGGACAUACACGUUGGAAGAAAGCACGCCAUCAGGCUGAUCAACCGACUCUGUUGGUGCCCGCUCGUGCACAAGCACUGGAACCGGAUCCAACAUGAGUUCGGCGAAGAUUCUGAGUGGAUGAAGCACACGGUGUAUCGGCGUGCCGAACAUGAUGCCACUAGUUUCGAGGAUAUGCUUGUCACGGAGUAUUCUUCCGGUUCAUGGUGGAACGGCGGGAUCGACUGGUCCACCGCAAACUCGCGCAAGAAUCACAUCAAGAUCCACGUCCUUGAAAGCCUCAGCCGACGUCUCUUGCUCGGCAGCGUAAACAGGAGCGCGACCAAGAAGCUGGGAGACAAGCGUGAUGAAUGGCUGAUUCCGGACCCGAAGAUGGCCUUGUCGGACGCCGUGACCGCUCUGGGCCGUUUCCGACUUGACUUCCCAGACAUCGACCUUGAUCCUAACAUCACGGACCCUGACAUGAUUGCGAUCUCGAUGGAGGAGGUCCCGGUCAUGGCUAGACGGUGGGGCUUCAGAUCGGUGAAUGAGCUGGCAGAGCCAUCGGUAAUGGCUGACUUUGUGUGA